GUAAAAUCUCCAAUGAUUUGAGAAAAGUCGGAAUUAGAUGAUCCAAGAAAAUGGUGCACAGCGCCUAUGAUUCCUUCCAGCUCCUCACCGGUUGUCCCAAUAAAAUCGACGCCAUCGAAUCCUACGGCUCGAAGCUGCUGCUCGGCUGCUCCGAUGGAUCUCUUCGAAUCUACGGUUCUGAUCCCUCUGACGCCGAUCGAUCUCCUCCGUUCGAUCCCCACGCUUUGCGUAAGGAACCUUACGCGCUUCAGAGAACCGUUUCUGGGUUUUCGAAGAAGGCUCUGAUUUCAAUGCAAGUACUGGAAUCGAGAGAGCUAUUGUUAUCACUGUCUGAAUCGAUCGCUUUUCAUCGCCUCCCCAAUUUGGAAACCAUUGCUGUGAUCACCAAAGCUAAAGGCGCUAAUGUCUACUCUUGGGACGAUCGUAGAGGUUUCCUUUGCUUUGCUAGGCAAAAGAGAGUCUGUAUUUUCAGGCACGACGGAGGGCGAGGGUUUGUGGAGGUAAAAGAUUUUGGUGUACUAGACACAGUGAAGUCUAUGUCAUGGUGUGGCGAGAACAUAUGUCUAGGUAUUAGAAAGGAAUACAUGAUACUAAAUGCCACAAAUGGUGCAUUGUCGGAGGUGUUUUCUUCAGGGAAGAUAGCGCCACCUUUGGUCGUUGCUCUUCCUUCUGGGGAACUUAUUCUUGGGAAGGAAAAUAUCGGUGUCUUUGUGGAUCAAAAUGGAAAGCUUCUUCAAGCUGAUAGGAUAUGUUGGUCAGAAGCUCCUACUGCUGUUGUCAUCCAGAAACCAUAUGCAAUAGCUCUAUUUCCAAGGCGUGUUGAGAUUCGCUCUCUUCGAGUUCCUUAUCCAUUGAUACAGAAUAUUGUGCUCCCUGGUGUUCGUCGUCUUAUAAAAAGUAACAAUGCCAUUGUUGUAGCCUUAGAAAAUUCUGUUCAUGGACUCUUCCCUGUUCCUCUUGGUGCACAGAUUGUCCAAUUAACAGCAUCCGGAAAUUUUGAGGAAGCAUUGGCCUUGUGUAAGCUGCUUCCACCCGAAGAUGCAAGUCUUAGAGCGGCAAAGGAGGCAUCAAUCCAUAUAAGGUACGCUCAAUAUCUUUUUGAAAAUGGGUCCUAUGAGGAAGCAAUGGAGCACUUUGUGGCAUCUCAAGUAGAUAUUACAUAUGUUCUAUCUUUGUAUCCGUCCAUUAUUCUUCCCAAAACAACUGCAGUGUCAGAGCCAGUGAAGCUGGCGGACCUUUCUCUGGAUGCUCCACACCUUUCAAGAGGUUCAUCUGGACUGUCUGAUGAUCUGGAAACCUUUCUCCCACCAUCAGAGUCUGAUGAGAAUUCUGUGCUCGAGUUCAAGAAAAUGAGUCACAAUACUCUCAUGGCUCUUAUUAAGUUCAUACAGAAGAAGAGAUACAGUAUUGUAGAGAAGGCUGCUGCUGAGGGAACUGAAGAGGUAGUUUUAGAUGCUGUUGAGGAUAGUUUUACUUCGUCCAGGUUUAAGAAAUCAAGUAAGGGGCGUGGUAAUGUUCCAAUUAACUCAGCUGCCAGGGAGAUGGCAGCUAUACUGGAUACAGCCCUCCUCCAAGCUCUGCUUCUUACUGGACAAUCAGCAGCGGCUGUUGAAUUGCUUAAAGGUCUUAAUUAUUGUGAUGCAAAAAUAUGUGAGGAGAUUCUUCAGAAAGGAAAUCAUUAUGCUGCUCUUUUAGAACUUUACAGAAGCAGCUCGAUGCAUCGUGAGGCAUUAACACUUCUACAGCAAUUAGUAGAAGAGUCGAAAUCAAACCAGUCGCAAGCUGAACUCAUCCAAAAGUUCAGUCCCGAGGCAAUUAUUGAAUAUCUCAAGCCCGUCUGUGGCACUGAUCCCAUGCUUGUACUUGAGUUCUCGAUGCUUGUUCUUGAAAGCUGUCCAACACAAACCAUUGAGCUUUUUUUGUCUGGAAAUAUUCCAGCAGACAUGGUCAACUCUUAUUUGAAGCAGCAUGCUCCAAACAUGCAGGGGAGGUACUUGGAGCUCAUGCUUGCAAUGAAUGAAAAUGGGAUCUCAGGGAACCUGCAAAAUGAAAUGGUACAAAUCUAUCUUUCUGAAGUACUUGAAUGGUAUUCAGAACUAAGUGCUCAACAGAUAUGGGAUGAAAAGGAAUAUUCUCCAACCAGGAAGAAACUUUUGUCUGCGCUGGAAAGCAUCUCAGGAUACAAUCCUGAGGCUUUGUUGAAACGUCUUCCUCCAGAUGCUCUAUUUGAAGAGCGUGCGAUUCUGUUGGGGAAAAUGAACCAACAUGAGCUUGCUUUAUCACUAUAUGUUCAUAAGCUUCAUGUACCUGAACUGGCACUGGCCUAUUGUGAUCGGGUUUCCGAGUCAGCUGUUCAUCAACCACCGACAAAAUCUUCUGGCAAUAUAUACCUCACUCUGUUACAGAUAUAUCUGAAUCCUCAAAAAACAACCAAGAACUUUGAAAAGAGAAUUACAAAUUUAGUAUCAUCCUCAAAUGCAAGCAUCCCAAAGAUUAGUUCAACAGCUUCAUUUAAAACUAGAGGAGGACGAAAGAAAAUUGCAUCCAUCGAAGGUGCAGAGGAUAUGCGUAUUAGUCCCAGCAAUACUGAUAGUAGCAGGAGUGACGGUGAUGCUGAAGAAUCUAAUGAGGAAGGAGGUUCUUCUAUCAUGCUUGAUCAGGUACUUGAUCUUUUGAGCCGAAGGUGGGGUAGGCUCAAUGGAGCUCAGGCACUCAGACUCUUACCAAGGGAGACUAAACUACAGAACUUGCUUCCAUUUCUUGGACCUUUUGUGAAAAAAUCCAGUGAAGCAUACAGGAACUUCUCUGUUAUCAAGAGCUUGAGGCAAAGUGAGAACCUACAGGUGAAAGAUGAACUUUACAACCAAAGAAAAGCUGUAGUGAAGAUCUCGAGUGACAGUAUGUGCUCUCUCUGCAACAAGAAACUAGGAACAAGUGUAUUUGCCGUCUAUCCGAAUGGCACAACACUGGUCCACUUCGUUUGCUUUAGAGAUUCACAAAGUAUGAAAGCAGUGUCCAAAGUCUCACAACUAAGGAAGAGAUGAUUCUGAGAGUCUCCAUACAGUUGGACGUAUUGCUAUUUUUCAUGAAAAGAUGCCGCUCAAAUGCCCAGAAUCAAAGCUCAGAAACAGUUUGGAGGCAUUUAUUCUUAUUAUUUAUAGGACUCCUAAAACGUGAGUGGUGUGCAUAAUUCGGUGUCGGUAAUACAGUUAUGAAGUUGAAAGCAGUGGUUCAAUGGUGACUAGGCCACCAGCGACCGGAAUGCUUCAAUUUGAGGAUUCAUUAUUUGUGUGAAUGCAGAUUCUGGGACACUUAUUUCCCUCUUUUUAUUCUUGUUGUUUGAAGACCUUAUUACAGGUACGUUCAGUCCAUAAUCAACAUGGGUUUUGGUA